ACAUAAAUAACAAAACCAGACACUUGUAGCAGACUCCCAACAAAACAGGACUCCUGAACUGAAGAGGAAAGCACUUCCUCCCAGCACAACCUGGCCUUCUUCAGGUUUGAGAGAGGGCCUAACCUAAAUAUCAGUUCAAAUUUGAAUAUCAAUGAUGUCCUGGGAAACUAUUCACUAACUCUGAUUGAUGCACUGGAUACCUUAGCGGUAAUGGGGAAUUCCUCAGAGUUCCAGAAAGCAGUGAAGUUAGUGAUUGACACGGUUUCUUUUGACAAAGAUUCAACAGUCCAGGUCUUUGAGGCAACGAUCAGGAUUUUGGGAAGUUUGCUGUCUGCCCACAUCAUAAUUACAGAUACUAAGCAGCCCUUUGGUGACAUGACCAUUAAGGAUUAUGAUAAUGAACUCUUGCAUAUGGCUCAUGACCUGGCAGUGAGAUUACUACCUGCCUUUGAGAACACCAAAACUGGAAUUCCAUAUCCACGGGUGAAUCUGAAGAACGGCGUCCCUCCAGACAGCAAUAAUGAGACCUGUACUGCCGGAGCUGGCUCUUUGUUGGUGGAGUUCGGGAUGCUUAGCAGGCUGCUUGGGGAUUCCACGUUCGAGUGGGUGGCUCGGCGAGCUGUUAAAGCACUCUGGAAUCUCCGAAGCAAUGACACUGGACUGUUAGGAAAUGUUGUGAAUAUUCAAACUGGCCAUUGGGUUGGAAAACAAAGUGGCUUAGGAGCAGGAUCAGACUCGUUCUAUGAAUAUCUUUUGAAAUCCUACAUUCUCUUUGGAGAAAAGGAAGACUUGGAGAUGUUCAAUGAUGCUUAUCGGAGCAUUCAGAAUCACUUAAGAAGAGGGCGAGAAGCUUGCAAUGAAGGUGAAGGUGACCCUCCUUUGUAUGUUAAUGUAAACAUGUUCAACGGUCAGCUGAUGAACACCUGGAUUGACUCUCUGCAAGCCUUUUUUCCUGGACUGCAGGUUUUAAAAGGAGAUGUGGAAGAUGCUAUUUGUCUCCAUGCCUUCUAUUAUGCCAUAUGGAAGCGUUAUGGAGCUCUCCCAGAGAGGUACAACUGGCAGUUACAGGCACCGGAUGUCCCCUUCUAUCCGCUAAGGCCAGAGCUGGUGGAAUCUACUUAUCUUCUUUAUCAGGCCACCAAGAAUCCUUUUUACCUUCAUGUUGGAAUGGAUAUUUUACAGAGUCUGGAGAAAUACACAAAAGCCAAAUGUGGCUAUGCUACGUUACACCAUGUUGUAGAGAAGUCUAAAGAAGACCGAAUGGAGAGCUUCUUUCUCAGUGAAACAUGUAAAUAUUUGUAUCUGUUAUUUGAUGAAGAGAACCCAGUGCACAAAUCUGGAAAUAAAUAUUUGUUUACUACUGAAGGGCAUAUCGUGUCUGUGGACAAACGUUUUCGUGACUCAGUAUGGCAAGAUAUCUUCCCAGAAGAGGAGGAAAAGAAUGCACAAAAACUCAAACCUAAUGAAGUUAAAGCAGUCAACUUCAGCUCCAAUUGUAAUAGAGUCCCUGAUGAGAGGAGAUACUUGCUGCCACUGAAGAGCAUCUACAUGAGACAAAUAGAUCAAAUGGUGGGCUUGAUUUGAGCUGUUCUCCCCAGCAGUGCUUUGUCCUAGGACGGAAGUAGAGUUUGUGGUGUAGACAAUUCUCUCCAGCUACACACGCACACGCACACGCACACGCACACGCACACACACACACACACACAUCUACAGUGAAUCCUUGCAUACAGUGAAUUGCUUAUCUGUAGCCAUCAUGUUUCUGAAGGAUGUAACCGUGAACUUGGAGGGAGAUCUUGUACUAAUACGAGUUACAGUCCUUAGAGUGAAAUGUUGUAAGUAUUGGAAACUCUGAAUACAAGGUGAACAGGGUUUUCUCAUGAGACUGCCAUACAAAAAUGCUAGUCUUGCAGUGAAGGCUGGUUAACUUUUUUUUUAAAAUCAAUUGGCAUAUGUCAUAAAUGCUGUUUAGCUACCUCUUUGUAGCUGCAUUGCAAAUGCUAUUUUUUGUUUUUUUAGAGAGGGUCUGAUGCUGAAGGUGAAAAUGUUUUGGCAUUUGGUUUGGAAAGUAAAGGGAAUGUGCAAUUUUGUCUUAGUGAGUCUAAUCAUUGGGCUAGUCUGACUAGCAAUAAACAAUGCCAAUUAUUGCUCAGGUAGAAGACACUUGUAGAUUUUGGCUGAAACAAAUAUUUUUAGAGUAACAGCUUGGAGACAAGACAGGUCUUGGUCUUAUAAGAUAUCUCUGUAGUCAAGAGAUCCAGCAUGUAGGCAGAUGUAUACAACAGUAUUCUUAACACUAGUUGCAUAGCCACAAAAGUGUACUAGCUAUAGAAACUAGUAACUGAAAAAAAUAAGGUGCCUUUUUUGUGGGGAGGGGGAAGGAAGAGAUGCACAAAGCCACAUGCAACACUCUUAAGCAGCUCACCUUGUAUACCUAUCUGUGCAGGUGUUCAAAAUGUUCUUCAGCUGUUUGUCAUGCAUCUAGUGCCCCUUCAGGAGAGUUGCUGAUUAAAGCAUACAAUUACUGACAGGGUAAGAAAACAUUCCUAGUAGCAUAUUAAUGGGUUAGUGCCUUAAGCUCAUCUUCACUCACAGAAAAGCUGAAUUUCUUUGUGAGGCACAGGGAGGUGGCAUUGAUUUUUUUUUUUUUGGGUUUUUUUUGUUUUUUUAAAGAAACUAAUGCUAUGAUUUUGUGGGUCACAAACAUGAAAAUGAUGAUUUUAAAUACUAGAAAGAUUAUAGUGUAUUAUGCUAAUUCUAAAUAAUAUUUUAGGGUUGGAAUUGGCUUCUUGAAGUUGGCAUGUUGACUGAUAGAGUGGUCCUUCUGGAGAGGCAGUCAGUAGAGGGUUAAUGGGGGUUUGCAGUAAAUCAAGAGCCACUGAAAUCAACAGGAGUAGAGUGCUCCUCACCUGUAGGCACUAUGCAGCAUCUCACCACAUUGUUCCCACUGGGGCUACUUAUAUUUAGUCUGUUUGAUGCCAUGUGAUAGUUUCUCGUGUCCAAAAGGUCAUUGCUAGAAACCUGUUGUAAUGCUGCAUCCCUUGCCUUCCCAGCCAGCCUCUUCAGAUACACCAAGGUCAGUUCAGACAUGCCUGAAUAUUGAGCUUAUUUUGUGAACUCUUAGGAAGAGAGCAGUCAUUCUGGACCAACUAUUAUGAAGGAAGAAAAUCACUUCAACACAGACUGAAACCCCCCCCACAAAUUAAUGGCUACUAUUUUCAGUGGCUUAUCAGUUAGUCUAUUUUAGGCUUCAGUUGCAAUCAGUUCAGCUACCUAAACAUUGUUCUCCACUUCAAGUAGAGCCAAAAAUUAAAGAGAUAUUUCAGUAAUGAGGACAGAUUUGAUCUGCAAUUCCAUAUUGUCCUAUUACAAAAAAAAUCCAAUUCUUCAUAAGCCAUAUGUUGCUUUUAUUAAUUUUUUUCCUAAUAAAAACAUGAUAAAAAUAGUGUGUAAGAGGUUAUUGCCUAGUGUUUUUAAUAUGCAAAUUCAUCUCAGGGAUCUCAAAUUAGAAUCUCCUGUUCAUCCAACCCAUAUAUAUUAUUUUCAGGCAAACAAAUCUUGUCUUCCAAUUUUACCUAAGACCUUUUCUUGCAAGGGGGAGCGAGUAAUUUGGUAGAGUUGAGUGUACAUGUCGAAAAACAAAUCUAGUAGAAUUAGAUAUGCUCAAAGAUAAGGAUGCAGGUAACAUCUAGAUAUUUCAAGUUUUUUGGCAAAAUUAUUGCUAGAAUGUUAUUUCCUAGUGACUUAACUGUGUGUGUGUUUAUAACGGAAUACUUUCAGGGUGUUAAAAACCAAAGAUGUAUUCAGAGAGUACAGGUGACAAUGUAUGGACUGUUAGUUUACUUGGCGAUGCUGGUAGACCUUAGUAUGGUAAUCUAGGUGCAAAAAACGUAUUGCAGAAAUAUAUUCUGCCUACCAAGGAAGGCACAGAGCAAAAAGUAUUUGGUCAUUUUGAAAUGCUGCUGCCUGAGCCAGACUCCUUACAAGUUGGUAACUUUUACCUACAGCACUUGGAUAGUCAUGAUUGAACAGUGCUGGGAGCCGUUGGUUGAUGCUAACAGCGGUAAAGGUUGCCCUAGGCGUUCUGCCAACAGAAGUCACCAGUGGAAUUUCCCCAACCCCUAGUUCAGCUCUUUCAACAUGCAUUGUAUGUCCUGCCACUCCUUAGCAGUGUUUGUGCCUUCUGAAAAACCUGGCUCAGCCAUGAGUUCUGGUUGGGUGUCAUGCAUAGGAAUAUGCUUAGAUUGGGAUAAUUCACAAAUUCACUUGCAAAUUCACUUGCUGUUCAGGAAUGCCUUUUAUUUUUUUUUUGUUCAUAUGGAUUGUCAGAAUUGGAAAAGGUGCAACAGGGGCAGUUGUCUACUCUUUCCAGUCAAUGUGCCUCAAACUUAUACCAGGUGGAUAUAUUUAAGCUAGCAGUGAAGUGAUGUCUCCAUGAUAUUUUGAUACCUGGUGUGUCAAACCACUAGUCGCAAUGCCAAAUGAGGUGUGGCCAGCUGCACACUAGAAAAGGGUUGAAAUCUCCAGUUUACUUUGCAGAGGUGAUUUAACGUCCUGUGGUAAGAAAUCUGGGCCAUAGACUUAAAAUAGUGACCUAAAGGUAAAAGGCACCAUAUCUUUGAAAAACUUCUCCUCCUUUGAAAUGUUUGUUUUUGAAAUAAAAUCUUUUUACAUUGCAGAGCACAGGACAUAUGUUUUUAUGCACUAGAAUGGAAAAAUCUGUGUUGUUGUUCUUAAGUUUUAUAUUAAAGCCAAGUUAAAAACACUUCUGGGAUAACUUGCUGAUGCAUAUAACUUUGUACUUUUCAGUGUAAUGUGCAAUAUAAUUUUUUCUGAUUUUAAAAUUGUAUUGUAUGUUUUAAUUGUAAAAUCUAUUUAUCGAGGGGGAGAUUUGUAAAAGGACCAAAUCUUCUUUUUAUAAUUGUCCUAAGGACUUAUUCAAAUUGAGAGUUUAGCUUUUACAGAUUUGUAUUAAAAGGAUAUAUUUGAUCUUUUA